CUUAUUCUAAUUUCUUUAGUAAAGAAAAAGAAUACUAAAGUUUUCACAGCAUGGCUUCUACUACUGUUAUUAUUUCACUUUUAUUUGUGCUUGUACCUACCACCCUUUCACAGACAUUUGGUAACUUACCUGCAGGCCCCACCGUGUCGUCGUGUGGGCCACUACUACUUCGAUUGGCUCCAUGUGGACCGUUCGUACAGGGCGCAUCAACUUCACCGACCGAGCGGUGUUGCAGCAACCUCAGGCAACUCUACAUCCAGCAACCAGGUUGCCUUUGCCUGUUGCUUAAUCAAACUGGAAUCAGCACUCUUCCUAUCAACACAACAUUAGCACUUCAAUUGCCACUUCUUUGUAGUAUGCAUGUUGACAGCGAUACCUGUUCAGUUUCUGAAGGACUGGCUCCUAGGUCAUCAACACCUCAAGUUUCAUUCGGGACUAAUAGCAAUUCAACUGUUGCUGCUUCGCCGAUGGUGACAGUACCACCUAAGACGCCCAGCAUUUUGGGAUUUGGCUUUAAAAACAGCUCUGCUGUAAACUUCCACGCGAAGGAGAGCUUGAUGAUCAUCUCAGUACUAACUUCUUGGGGUGCAUUCUUCUGGCUCUAGCCGUCGUUUCCAUAUUGUUUGUCAAGUCAUUAUUUAGACUAAAAGUUUAGCUCAGACAAGAUAUGUAGCAAGUAGAAUAUUCUUCAGUACAUGUUGUUCUAUCACAGAUUAGUUUGUCCACAUAUUUUAAAAAACUAGUUAUUCCCCUGACCCUUUUUCCAGAAUCAUAUGCCAAUUUAAUAGCAUAUAUAUAUGCUCAUAUGCCAAUUUAAUAGUACCAAUGACUAUUCCCAAUGACAUUUUAAGGACAAUUAUACUAGAAGUAUUGGUGCCAUAUUCCCUUUGAAGUAGCCUAGAAAAGUUCAACUUCUAUUUAUUAAUUUAUCACAGAACAGAACAGGAAAGUCUCCUAGUUAGCCUUCCAUUAGUGAAGCAAAACAUCCACCCCUCCUACAAGCAAAGAAAAGAAUAACACAGCAUAGAGUUGGGUGUGGACUAGACUCAAAGGUUCCAGCUGUUAAACAUUCACUAAUCAAACUAAAAAGAUACAUUUUGAAGAAUUUAGUAGCUCAGUCGG